CACACUCAGACUUUAACACACAACACAAGCACACACACCCACGGCAAACACAAUUUUCCGCUGGCCAAAUAAACUAAAGAAGAAAGGAAAAAAUAAAAGUUUGUUCAGCCCCCGUUUUUCUUUGCUGUUGUUUGUUUGGCUUUGUCCCACAAACAAUUUAAAAAAAAGGAAAAUGGAGCGAAAUCAAUUAAACCGUGCAAAUUACCAGCGAGACUCUAAUUGAAAAAUCAAGGCACACACCUGCGCACAUGUGUUUGUGAGAGGUCCUGUGCGUGUAUCCGUGUAUCCGUGUGUCUCUGUAUGCGUGUUGAAGGCUAAGCAGAAGCAGCAGCAGCAGCCGCGGAAAAGCCAACAAGUAAAAGCGAGCUCCGAGAGUUGCAUGUGUCCCGGAAAAUUGGAAAAGCGACGCGUCGCCAGCACGUCCAAAGGGACAGACAGACAGACAAGCAAAGUGAUAAAGACAAAGUGUUCAAGACAAAAUGUAAUAAAUAUUAUUAAAUGUAUACAACAGUAAAAACCCAAUAAAUAAUUAACUUAAAUAACUUAACGCUAAACUGGAGCUCGGAGCAAUGUCAAGGGAAAGGACACGCAAGGAUGUCCCGUCUAAGAUGCGCACAAUUAGCUUAAAACGACAGCGGGAAAACUUGGAAAACUAAGGGCAAUGCACAGAAGGAAUCAGCAGGAGCAGGAGCAGCAGCAAGGACAGCCAGAAUUUACAAGCUAAAGGAUAAUCACAAUCACCAAGCAGCGAACACAAAAAACCCAACACCAACAAACCGAACUAUUGACGAAAUAUAUUUUAAACUUAACUGUAGCACAUCGGAAGCCUUACAAACAAGAACAACAAAACCAUUUGUGCUGUGCUUUUAUUAUAGUAAAGAAAAAUAUAAACAAACACGAUAGAAACACCAAGAACAACCGUGAACGAACCCGAGAGAACCGCGUAAUUAUUACAAAUUAAAAACUAAUAAUAAUAAUAAUCAUUAUUCUUCCACUUGAGAGUUUGAAAUGCGUACAUUUUUAAAUCGAUAUUUAAACUAGUAGCAAAUUAUUAUUAACAGAAAACGAAGAUAUAUAUUAUACCAAAUAACCGUUUAACGUUCAUUACAAGUUUAGCGAAAAAGAGCGUUGUGAAUUUAACUAGAAACAGUCGAAGGCGAAACGGUUUACGAUCCUCUCUCUCUCUCUCAACUUUGAGCAAAUUGUACGCAAUUAGUAGCAUUUUAAACGUAAGAUUUUAAUCCGAACAAAAUUUUUAAACGAGCUUCAAACCCAGAGACACACACACAAGCGAAAACACACGAGGAAAAGUAAUAGGAAAAACCCCGAAUACAGAAAACACACACGGCAGGACCUUAUCCUUAACCUUAACCACGGCGCCAGGAGUGUGUGUAACAAUCAAAUGCUUGGCGCAGCGCCAGAAAGUAGGCAGCACCGCGAACAGCCCGAAAAGUAGGCAGUAGAAAAUUUAUACAAAUUUGGCGCCAGGCGAAAAAAAAGCACAGAGAGCACACAGCGCCAAGGACUCCGACGACCUUCGCGUGUGCAGGCGCCGUUGCACAAUAAAGGACGCCACUCACUCACACACACACACAUACCAACGAGCGCUCGCGUCACCCAGACGGGAACACACAUACACCUAGAGGCCGACACCGACCGAGACACACUGAGGAAACACAUACAAACACAAACAUAGGACACACACAGGACAAUUGCAUGGGCAGCCGCCAUGACCGGAAGUAAAGUACGGUCACGUCCACGUCCACUGGCCUUUGCAUAACAAUCAGCCCGCGAAGGAGCACCCCGCUCAAAACGGAACGAAAGGGGCGAGAAAGGAUACGCCAAAGGAGCAGGUGAUAUAGCAGAAGGCCAUCAGGAUACAUUAGGAGAGGGGAAUAUAGCCCCCAUUCGGCACAGGAGCGCCACUUUCACACGCCCACCGGCCCGCAAAAAUGCAGGAAAUGAGCUACCUGCAGGAUAAUUCCAAGCUGGAGGCCCUCACCAAGGCGGUGCUCAUAUCCAUACUGGGCGUGGCCAUUGUCCUGUCCAACCUCCUCAUCAUCGCCACCUAUGCCAACUUCAAGGGCCCCACAGAGGUGAUCAAUUACUACCUGUUGUCACUGGCCAUUGCCGAUCUGCUCUGCGGACUUCUGGUGGUGCCCUUCUCCGUGUAUCCCGCCCUCACCGGAGAAUGGAUGUACGGCGAUAUUGUGUGCCGAUUCACCGGUUACCUGGAGGUCACUCUGUGGGCGGUGUCCGUCUACACCUUCAUGUGGAUCUCGGUGGAUCGGUAUUUAGCAGUGCGUAAGCCUCUUCGCUAUGAAACGGUGCAGACGAAGACGCGCUGCCAGUGCUGGAUGGUGUUCACCUGGAUAUCGGCGGCCCUGCUGUGCUGCCCCCCAAUUUUGGGCUACUCGAAACCGAUCGAGAAUAAUGUGACGCACAUCUGCAUGCUGGACUGGGGGAAUAUGGCGGCCUAUACGGUCACGUUGGCGAUAUUAGUCUUAGGUCCCAGCCUCAUUUCGAUCGUACACAACUACGGCUACAUCUUUGUUAUGAUGCGUAAGAUUAGGUCCGGCGAGCCAAUUCACGAUAAAGAAUAUGCAACUGCUCUGGCUGAAAAUUUAUCGAACCCUAGUCAUAUGAUGUCAUUCGCAUUAGUCUUUGCAUUCUGGGUGUCCUGGCUGCCAUGGAUCUCGUUGCGUCUGUAUGAGGUGGUCACGGGCGACGUUAUCCAAAGUACUCUUAUCAAUUUCGCCGUCGUCUGGAUCGGCAUAUUGAAUUCGUUUUGGAAAAUUCUGAUCAUGACCAGUAUGUCGCCGCAAUUCCGUAUCGCUUUGAGAGUAUUUUGCUUAACCAUUUGUUGUAAGACUAAGGGCCGUUUGCAAGCAGAGCUAAUCGGGUUGGACCCAGAUGACUAGAGUUAGAUUUAGAUUUUCAUUAUCCCCAAUUAAAUGAUUGCCCUCCUAUCCACAAUCCUUCCUAGUCCUAGUCCUAGUCCUAGUCCUUCCUAUUGCAAACCGUAAUCCGAAAUCCGCAAUCCGCAAUCCGUAAUCCGCAAGAUCCCGCAAAAGUAAUAAAAUUGGUUGUAAUUGCAUUGAGCCAUUUCCCAGACUCUCUCUCUUUGCCAUAUAGUUGCAUAUUUACGGCCCGGUUGGCGCUACGCACCACCACAAACCACUAAAAAACGCAGAAACUCAACAAAAACAAAUUAAAAUAUACAUAUAUAACUUGCAAUGUUAUAUUAAUCAUACAGCAACCACACAGAGACACCACACAGCCACUCAGAAACACACUCACACGCCGAAAGACAUAUUCAUAUUUCUAGACUAAUAAGCUAAGCUAAGAGUUUUUAGCGCAUCCGAUUAUGAUUGAUUGAUUGCAUUGAUUGACGAUUAUUAUUGUGUAUUUAUGAGCUUACCACGUAUAUAUAAAUACUUUUACUUAAAUAUAGCUAUAACUUGUACGCAUAAUUCUGAUCGUAGACAAGAGACAAUUCACAGCAAAUCCGACAGCCGAUAGAUGCAGCUGCAUUUCCGUUUCCGGUUAUACAAAAAUGAAAUCAUAUAUGCUAUUUAAACUAAACCUAGAAACUUGACAACUUGUUAGCAUGACAACUUAAAAGUAUAAACCUUUUUCAAAGUCCAUAUUAAGUAGCAUUUAGAAUUUUACAAAACAAAUCGCGUGUAGAGUUUAUUAAACAAUUUGCCAAACUUGACGACGGGCCGGAAAUCGGAAAUGGGAAAUCGCUAUUCAAAAUUCAAAAACUUCAAUCUUCGCACGCUUCGCGACUUUCGAACGGAGAAGAUCCUAAGAUCCUAGAAAUAAAAUAUAACCAAAGCGAUCAAACCGAAAACAAAUAACAUUUCCAGUAGUUCUUAACCAUAAAUAAUAAGAAUUAAUUAACUUGGGCGGGCAAUGGAGUGGCGGAACCCAUAAUCUAGGCUAGUGUCAAGUUUCAAGAUCGUGCUUAAAACGGUUGCAAUAGGGCGUAUUUGGCCGCGCACCUGAACGCCUCCAUCUGGCCGGGUUCCCAACAGACUGUUGCAAUUUUGCCUAGUUCCCUUAGUGGGUCGAAUUCAGUUUCCCAGGCUCAGCCAGCGGGGUGUCCAGGUGCCUGGAUAAAGACAUUGUUAAUAUCCUAACCGCCAAAUACGAAAGAAAAUUGUGACGAGAGUAUGUUAAAUCGAAAUGCCGAUAACGAAACAUUGUGUAUAUUUUGUUGUUGUACAUUAUUUCAUUGACGCGAUCUUUUGUACAUUUUAGUUAUAGUUUAAAAUGUUAAUUUACACACCAAAGCAAAAUGUUAUUGAUUUGUAAGUGUAAGGAAAUUGUUAGAGCCGUACAAGCAGCUGGAAAGGGCGUUCGGCGAAAAUAUAAACCAAUGAGCGCAGUAAAUAAAUGCAAAAGAUGAUGAAUACAAA